ACGCCGACAUCGCCUGCACAUCAUUAACAAGACGGACCUUUGUGGUCUGACUCCCGUGUGAUGGCGGGCCACGACGAUAACCGUGAUUUAGUCGGUGGUGGCCGCAAUCUCGGUGGAGGUGGACGCGAGUACAGAGGGCAUCGUGAUUAUGAAAGAGGAGGAUACCGCAGAUAUGGGAGCGAUCGAGGGGACAGUGGAGACAUGGGACAUGAUGGAGAUCGUAGGGUUGGAGGUGAGUGGUGCUUCGAUCGGGGCCUUCAGAGAUGUCCUUUGAUUUGCUUCAAUUGCGACGAACCUGGCCACUCUGCCAAUCAGUGCCCACAUCUGAGACGGAACGGGCACCCGUCGACGUCGACUAACCGGGGGGGCUCCAGUUCUCUGAGUAGACCAAGCCUUAGCAGGCGGCAACAGUCAGACCCGUUGGAAUCGAAGGUAGCUGAGAUGGGGAAGAGUGUCACUGCAGUGUGCCAAUUCGUAGAAUUGGAGCAGCAGAAGAAGGCGGCUAAGGAGCGCAGGAAAGCUGAGAGGAAAGAAGCUGAGGAACGGGUUGAGACAGAACGAGCGGCGACCUUACUUAGCAAGCAGAAGAAGGAGGAGAAAGCUCGUACGGAAACCGAGGUCAAGGAAGAACUGCACAAGAGUUUGGAUGUCAGGAUGGUUGUACGGAAAGUGGACCCUGCGGUGUCAGCGGAGGGGAGCAGCGCUAGCAGUAGAGAGGCGGAGGAGUUGAACCUGCUGACUCGGAGAUUGAGUAUAUCUGAGAAGAGAAAGCGUGGACCGGAGGUAGUGUUUGAAGGCAGCCCCCCAAUGGAGGUGCCACCUAAGUGCACGCCGAAACGGGGGCCGCGACCGGUCGGGAUCUCAGGGAGGUUGACGAGGUCCAAAGCGCGUACACAGAAGACCAUCAUACCAAGAAAGACCCCGCCAUCCAUUCGUAAAAACAUUCCCACGGCCAUCCGGAUUGUCCGAAGACUGAAGUUUGAGAAACGAGUGUUGAGUGACCUCAAGAACUUGGAUGCUCUUGUCCUGCAGAAUAUCUGCAAGGAUGAGGGCAUACCAUAUAAUGGUAAGUUUGAAGCCAUAUUUGAUAUUGCAGCACAUCGUACACACGUGGCGUACGGCACAGACGAUGACGAAGAUAUGACCGAGACACCAGUGGUGUGCACCGAGGUACCCGCCGAGGCUGAGGAAGUCCAUGAAAAUGCUUGAUGUAUUUUUAGUAUUGCUGACUUGUGGUGUAUCAUUCGCUGCCUUACGAAC